UACAAGCCGCCCCCAGAGCACGAGCAAUACUUAAGCAAGCAAUGUCGCAGAAACGCACUGAAACGUCUCCCACAAAAUCUGAGAAGCCUCGCGCAGCAAAGAUGGAGCUCUCGUUUUCAAUAGAAAGAAUUCUCGCAAUCGACAGCAAGCGGCAAACCAAGGAUGUCCACUGUUCACAAGGACUGGCAACAGCAAAAGAAAACCCUGUUGAUUCGUUAGUUGACCUACCAUGGUUGUCUUACACAAGAUACAGUCCUCCCAAACUUCCCAGAGCUAAACGACGCAAGAGUUGCACACGCAAGUCUAGUGGGAAUCCAAGAGUACCUUUCUCAACAUCGCAGUUGAUGACACUUGAACACAAAUACCUUGAAACAAGAUAUCUUUCUACGCCUGAAGUAUCAGAACUCUCAGAUACUCUCAGCCUUUCUCAGCACCGCAUCAAAAUUUGGUUUCAAAACAGACGCGCRCGAGAAAAGAAAUCUCAAAUUUCCUGGAAUGGGGAAAGUUCGAUAACAUCCCCACCAUCUGUACUURGCCAUGGCAGAAGACUGGUACCUGGGUGGUUUAGACCAGUUUAAUAUUCCGCCAGACUCUGAACGAAAGAAUUACGUUUAUAAUUGAGAUCCUGAAUGUAAAAAAAAUAAAUUAAUUAAGAUCUUCAUGAAUGUACUAAGUGAACAACGAAAUGGGACUCAUGUAUUUUAGGCAAAUGUCGUUAUUAUUUCUUGUUAAUGUUGAUAAAGCAARUCAUGCUUUGAAAAAAUGAAAGAUAAGCUGAAGGAAGUUUGCAUUGUGAAAAUGUCUACAUUCAUGCACCUCAUGUAUUUUGCGUAUACUAAUAAAAUACUGURGCCUAAAUAAAGGAUCAGYWUA